GAUGCAGGUUAACAGUUGUUAAAGAGAAUCAUUCGAAAGAAUUACAAUUAUCAUUAAAUAAUCAUAAAAACACAAUGGCACAUUGAAACCGUUCAGCACCACUUGUGCUGAACAGCGCCUAGCUGGAUGAACGUCUACUACUAAGGAGGGUUAUGGGCUUAUAAAUAUAAUAGUCACCUACGAAAUUACUUAUUCCAUGAGUGAUUAUUUUCACAUAAAACCUGACUAUUAGUCUUUUUUGUCAAUCACGAUAUUAUCCUGGAAAACAGAUAUGAUAGUUAACAUAUACUAAUAAUUGGUUUUAUUUGCAGUGUUUCACAUACAGUGUCUGUAUGUACAACAGUGGCAUGCAUUUCCUUACUUACACUCAGAGGGCCGCUGUUCAUCGACACACAGCGGCGAUUCCGUUUAUUUCACAGACCCUUUCCUAGUUUCACACAGUUUCACGGAGAAAAAGACAAUACGGCGGUCACAUUACAUUAUUUUCAUACACUACACUUCUAUUCAUCGCUCAUCGUCGUGUAUGGACUUAAUGUCUACAUUUGGAAUACCACGUAUUUAGAGGAUACGGACUGAUUGUUGUAUUUUUGAAGCGUCUGUGCAGUUGAGACAAUGCCUGGCACUGAUGCAAUGGCACGGCAUUCUGUGAUGUUUUUGAUUCUUCUGAUUCAAACUGCACGAGGACAGGUCAGUUACUCCAUCCCAGAAGAAAUGUCAAAAGGAUCGACUGUAGGAAAUAUUGCUCAGGAUUUGGGCUUGGAUUUACAACGAUUAAAGUCAGGAAAAGCGCGAAUAUUUACCAGAGACAGCACGGAAUACAUCGAGCUGAACAGAAACAGUGGAUUGCUGCUUAUCAGAGAGAAAAUGGACCGCGAGUCUCUUUGUGCAAAAACAACUCCGUGCGCGGUGCAUCUUCAAAUGAUUUUAGAAAACCCGAUGGAAUUAUACACGAUUACAAUAGAAAUCAUGGAUAUAAAUGACAACGCUCCCAGUUUCCAGAAAAAGGACAUCAGAUUUGAGAUCAGCGAAUCGGCGGCUGCGGGUGCUGGUUUUAUGCUCGGCAGAGCUUUCGAUCCAGAUGUAGGAACAAAUGCUCUACAGAGCUACUCGCUGAAACCGAGUGAUCAAUUCCGGCUUGAAUUGCACAGUCAGGCAGAUGGUAGUAAAAACGUCGAGAUGAUUUUACAAAGGCCACUUGAUAGAGAAACGCAAAACUCAUUUACUUUGUUGUUAGAAGCGUUUGAUGGAGGCAAUCCUGUGCUCUCUGGCACUGUACAGAUACGCAUCACUGUGUUAGAUAUUAAUGAUAAUGCUCCUGUUUUUAUGCAAAAGGUAUAUAAAACCACAAUAUCAGAAAACGCACCGAAAGGUACGAUAUUAACAGUGGUGAGCGCGUCUGAUGCAGACGAAGGAUCCAACAGUGUAGUGACGUACUACAUAUCUGACACAGUGGAGAAAAAUGUGUUCGACAUGUUUCUUGUUAAAGAGCAAACUGGUGAACUAAUAUUAAACGGUCAGAUUGACUAUGAAAAGGUGAGCCAUUAUGAACUUAAUAUUCAGGCAAAAGAUCAAGGAGGACUAUCUAACACAUGCAAAGUCAUUAUCGAUGUUCUUGACAUUAAUGAUAAUUCGCCUAGUAUUCAAAUUCUGUCUAAUUCCCAUUCCAUACCUGAAGGCUGUAAGACUGGUACUAUUGUUGCAAUGCUAAAUGUUGAUGAUCUUGAUUCAGGUGUAAAUGGUCAGGUUCAGUGUGUCAUAAUAGAGAAUAUUCCCUUUGCCAUAACAUCUCAGUCUAGUAGCUUCUUCAGUUUGCAAACAGAACAGGAAUUGGACAGAGAGAGAGAAGCUGAUUACAAUAUCAGUGUAAUAUGUACUGAUGAGGGAGUGCCAGCGCUCUCCAGCAGUGUCUCUCUCCGUGUGCAAAUAUCAGAUGUAAAUGACAAUGCUCCUAUCUUUGAGAAAAGUCACUAUGAGGCAUGUGUGCUGGAGAAUAACACACCUGGUCUCUCUAUAUUUACAAUUAAAGCCAGUGAUGCUGAUUGGAACCAGAAUGCCCGUGUUUCUUAUAUUCUAGAAGACAGCACUGUUAAUGGAGUCUCUGUCUCAUCGUAUGUGUCAAUUCAUCCUGACAGCGGACUGAUUACAGCUGUGCGCUCUUUCGACUAUGAACAACUCAAAGAUUUCCACUUCCGGGUAAAAGCACAAGAUGGAGGCUCUCCUCCACUCAGCAGUAACGUGACAGUGAAAAUAAUUGUUCAAGAUCAGAAUGACAACGCUCCUCAAGUUCUGUAUCCAGUACAGACCAGUGCUUCUGUGGUGGCCGAGAUUGUGCCUCGUGCUGCAGAUGUUGGAUAUCUGGUCACUAAAGUGGUGGCUGUUGAUGUGGACUCUGGACAGAAUGCCUGGCUCUCCUAUAAACUACAGAAAGCUACAGACAGAGCGCUGUUUGAAGUGGGUUUACAGAAUGGAGAAAUAAGAACUGUGCGACAAGUGACUGAUAAAGAUGCUGUCAAACAAAAACUGACUGUUGUUGUGGAGGAUAACGGACAGCCCUCUCGCUCAGCUGUGGUCUCCAUUAAUGUGGCUGUGGCUGACAGCUUUCCUGAAGUGCUGUCAGAAUUCACAGACUUUACGCAUGAAAAACAGCAUGACGACAACCUGACAUUUUAUUUAGUUCUCGCACUGGCCGCUGUUUCUUUCUUAUUUAUCACAUGUGUGGUUGUGAUAAUAUCAGUAAAGGUCUACAGAUGGAGACAAUCUCGCUUCUUAUAUCAGCCCAAUCUGCCUGUUAUUCCGUACUAUCCACCGCAUUACGCAGACACAGGAGUCACCGGAACUCUGCCGCACGGUUAUAAUUAUGAAGUGUGCAUGACGACUGACUCGAGGAAGAGUGACUGUAAGUUUUCUACACUGGGUGGGAAGAAUAUCUUAGUAGUGGACCCGAGUUUUGCUGAGACGAUGCAGCGCACGAUCAAGAAAAAUAGUUCCAUCGACGAUGUCAGCUCUGCAGAAUCGGUAAGAAAGGUCAUGUUAGACGUAUUAUCAUUAUUAUUAUUUUUUUCCGUAUAAUUUACGGAAGAGACAAUUAAUAUGGCUGCUGAAGUCAAUAAAUGGGCUUGAAGAACUGAACUAUUACGUGUUCACGUCUUGUUUUAGGUUGUGAAUAAGCCUACAGGCUAUAACUUUCUUUCUUCAUUUUAAUACAUGCAUCUUGAACUUUUGCAGAAG